UAAGUUGGCUUCCCAUUGGCUAGCUUUUCCCGUUCCCCCUUAAAUGCUGCAGCGGCUGCAUUCAGGCGCCCCAAUGUAGCUGCUGCACCAUUUAAGGUGGAACGGGAAAAUUCGAAGAAGAAACUGGCGAAUGGGAAGCCAACUCCAGCUUCGUCCUGCGGUGAGGAGAAGGGGAGGGGACGCGCGCUGUGUUUGGAUGCUGCAGGCUCAGCAGCGUCCACUUAGCGGUAAACCUGCUGUCGUUUUGCUGGUAUUGUCAGGAAAAAUAACCGAAUCAGGGCGCGUUUCUCGGACAUUUUCUGCGCUGCUUGUCGCUGAGAUCAUGCGGAGAUUCGAGCACACGUAGCGGGGGGGAGUGCAUGCGCAGCUGUCCGUGUUUUUUGGGCUUGCCUGCGGUGGCCAGAAAUCUUUUUUCCCCUGUCUGGGUGGGUUAGUGCACCGUAUAAGGGAUGCCUCUGAUCAGCCUGGACGACGACGACCCGCGGUGGGUUCCCACGCACGUGAACGUGACCGUGCUUCGCGCGCGGGGUCUGCGGACCAAGGGCAAGCAAGGCAGCCGGUAUGUGUACACGGUCAUCCAGGUGGGCAAGGACAAGUACACCACGGGCCUGGUGGAGAAGGCCGUCGAGCCCGAAUGGAAUGAGGAAUGCAGUUUCGAGCUGCUGCCCGGGCUGCUGGAGGAUCCGGCGGGUCCGGUGGGCGCCUACCCGCCCGGGAGCAGCGACCUGGUCCUGACCGUCAUGCACCGGGUCCUCAUCGGACUGGACGUGUUUCUGGGCCAGGCCGUGGUCCCACUUGACAAAGCUUUUCGGGAAGGAGUUUGUCCCAGAAACGAGUGGCUGAAGCUGCGCUCCAAAGCAGGGAGAAAAGAGAAGGAGCGCGGAGAACUGCAGGUCACCGUCCAGUUCACUCGCAACAAUAUGACUGCCAGCAUGUACGAUCUGACCGUCAGGGACAAGCCUCGCUCGACCUUCGGCAAGCUGAAGGACCGCGUCACCGGCAAGAAGAGAGGAGAUGUGGAGUCCUCCUCAGCCAUUCUGCCUGGCCGCUACGCAGCCCUGUCCAGUUCAGCUGGUCAGUCUCUGCAGGAGAAUGGCAGUGGGGGGAGCCCUGGGAUGGAGGAGUGCGGAGAUGAACGGCGGAGCAAGGUGAAGGAUUUCUUCCUGAAGGGAAAGCUGCGGAAGAACUCAGACACGCGCUCCUGUUCAUCUCUGGCCUCGGAGAGCAGCAUGGCGUCCUCAGCUGGGGAUCCGUUCGUUCCCAUAGAGCUGUGCAGCACACCCAUCUACAGCAGCAAAGUCAUGGAGCCCUUCUGCGCUGAUUCAGAGGGAGGAGUAAAAGUGAUGACCCACAAGCGUGCAUACAGUGAUGAGGCCAGUAAAGUCACUGCCUCGCGGCCCUGUCCGGCUGUGGAGAAUCUGCAAGGCCAGAACACGCUGCUCUCUAAGUCCACCCUCUGCAUCAAUGGCAGCCACAUCUACUCUUCUGAGCCCGCCUGUUCCAAAGGCCCUGGCGGCCUGCCAGUCAAGCGCAGCCUUCUGGAGAAAUGCUCUCCACUCUCACGAUCGCUGCAGAACCUCACCCGCCGCAGUGAGGACCCCCAGAAGGCCGAGGGGAGGCGCUGGUCCAUCGACAAGAGCAAGAAGGAGGGUGAGAAAGAGUCUGAGGGCUCUGUGGCCCAAGAUCAAGGAGCCACUACAUCAGAGGGAAAACCAGUCCUAGCCACUGCCCCACUAGUGGUGGCUGCUGGUGGUACAGAGGGUACAGAUAAGGGGAAGAAGCUGAGGAAGACUCUUUUCUCCAGUGGGAGGAGUGACUCUCUCCCAGCAAAGCCUGAGCAGGCUGCUGCCCCUCAGGAGAAACGUUUGCGUGGUUGGUUCGGCUCCGGCGAUGCCCAGAACAAGCCAAGGCUGGGAGUCACUCCUAAAGUAGAAAGCAGCUCAGACCCAUCCUCCCCCCUCCCUCCCUGCUUCCCCAGCUCACCACCAGGCUCUCUCCCCCUUGAUUCUUCUACUGGCUAUGUGUCGCCCCCUAGUGUCAGCCAUCACACUAACCCAUUCACCCACCCCUCACCUCCGACCACCUCCAUCUCCUCCUCCAACCCUUUCCUCACACGACUGCAGAGGAACCCCUUUUUUGAGGAGCUCAUAGCCGAGGAGGCUUUGAAAUCUCCUACUGAAAUGUCCUGCUAUCCUAACUUUCCCCACGACCAUAAUCCAGCAUUCUUGGCCAGGUCUGGCCUCUCAAGCCCUGCCAGUGAUGGCACACCAAGCAGAAUAGCAUCCAUAAAGAGAGAGAGGCCUCGGAGUGUAGCCAGGCAGAGGUCCCUCCCUGCCUUAAUGCCUGGAACACAAGAGGCAGUCACUGUGAAUGCUAAUAACAGUAACACUAAUUCAGACCGCCCUUUAUCAGAGACUGGAGGGGAAUUGGACGAUUUUGAGGCCUUUGCCACUAGCCGUCUAAAAUCACCAGUGGGGACUCCUACUAGACCACCCUCAGUCCCAAUCUCAUCCUCAAGCCAUCAUAGCCCAAUGGAGCACCAUGCUUUUCAACCAAAUAAUGGUAUUGUAGUUGACCAAGCCAACCAGGGAAUCCCCAGGAGUUGGGACUUGCCUCCUUUACCUCCGAGGAAGCCCACAGGAAUCCCAUUUCCUGUGCGACAGAGGUGCUUAGAGAGCUGGCUAGACCGAGGUCAAGAGCUAGCUGUCCAAAAAGAGGCAAGUGUGCUAUUCCAGACAGACUUAGCCUCGCUACAGCAUGUUAGAGAGACAAAUGGCCAAGUCUCCCCUUUAAAUAAAGAGUCAUUUAUGUUCUUCCACUGUGCUGCUCUGGAGCAGAAUAUUAAUGCGUAUCCACUGACACAUACUCCUCAAAUGCCAACAAAUGGAAAUCUCAACCUUUUAGAGGUAGGAGAUGGGAGAGUUUUGGCUGAGAGAGGGCUCAGUCCGAAUCUGACAGGAAGCCAUGGUAGUGAUCCUAUUCAGAUCAGCCCUGUGUUUGGCCUUCCUGAGAAUGUCAUAGUAAACACAAGUCAAAACUGCAUGUAUAGAGAUGUACAGGAAACCUCCCUGUAUACUGAGAAUGAUCACACUGUGCAGAACACGACAAAUUGCCUCUCAGACUGGGACACAACUGUGAGUGAGUCACUGUGCAGUUCAUUUCAGACUCUACCAAAGCCUCCUGAGUCCUCCUGUGAAUUGAACUCAAAACCAAAGCCAGUUUCUAAUCCACCAAAUGAGAACAUCACCGCCAAUGGAGACGUCACUGCGCAGACACUCCCUGCUCGAGACUCCAAUAAUAAUACGAAUGAUACUUCACAGUUUGCUUUCAUUGACUCUGACAACUCGCUUACAGAUGGCACUUUUGACAACAACAAAGGCAACAACAAAGGCAACAUAACAUUAACACAGCACAAGGAUGCUUCAGCCUAUGACCCCUCUGGAAAAGUGCUCUUAAUUUGCAGGUCUUCCCCAGGAAUCUCUGAAGAUUUGAUAGAAAAAAUGACUACAGAACUCGAGAUGUUUUCCCCAAAGAAGACUUCAGAGACUGAUGAUGUUCAUAAAGAUAUUACAUCACAACAGGCCCCUGUUGCAGCUGGUGCAUCCAACAAUAACCAUUUGAAAGCUUUGUUUUUUGAAGGACCUUGUGACAGCUUAGAAGGACAUGACUCCACCAUGACCCAACCCAGAGAGCGUGUGAGUGAUUUAAAAGAUGUUUCUUCAGUGGUUCUUUCUAAACAGCCUACUUUGCAGUCAAAUCCAAGAGCUGAAUCAGAGGGCUCUGGUUACAAAGACAGCUUUGUGGCUCCACUAACUGCCUCUAUCCUCAACAGCGAUGACGGCAACACAACGACACAGCUCAAACCUGAGGCAGUGGAGGACAAUGCAGGCUUAGAUGCUGCAUGCAAGGGUGUAGGCAGUCUGACUUAUGAUGAGCUUAAGACUGAGAACGCUGAACUCGAGGCGCAGGAAAAGAACCGUGAGGUUCCUGUUUUGGAGAUCGGGAAGUCAUGUUUCAAUCACACAAAUAGCAUCAGUUUUGAGGAGUUACAUGCCCAAGUAGCACCAAGAGGCUGUAGAAGUCCCUCCAAAACCAAAACUGAAGUAAGAUCUGCACGCCUCAGAACGUCUACUGCAAACUCGUCCAAAGCUGACUCCAGUACAUUCCCAUCCACAGCUAGUGCUGACAUAAAAUCAGCCACAACUUUGCAUGAUUCUGCUUCUACAUUCCUGUGUCUAUCUGACCCCAACACCGUUCCUAACUCUGUUCCUGACCUUGACUCUGACUUGACCUCCCUCACGUAUACCCCAACCUUGAGGCCCGGCUUGGGAAGCCCUCUGGCCGCGGCCCCCUCCACCACCUCCACAGCUCAACCCCAGGUCGCUGCACGGCACACACUUUCCCCCGAGGAGGCACAGCCAGCUAGCAGCCCCCCUCCCCCUGAGGAGAGCAGUCCUCACCCAGUGAAGCCCCUGACCAACACAGCAGCACAGGGAGAGAAGAAAUCAGAGGGGCGCUCAGUGCUGGAGAAACUGCGCUCCUCCAUCCACUCAGGACGCUCCAGUCAGCAGAGCACAGCUGAGCCAGAGAAAGCACAGGUGUAUAUGUCCGAGGCUCGUGCUCAUUACCAGACGCUGACCAACAUGGAGCUGAUCGCUCUGCUGCUGCAGCAGGAGAUUGACGCAGAGCGACAGCGGGAGGAGUCAGAGCUGCAGGCUACGCUGCUGGAGAAGCGCGAAUCCGAGCUGAAGAAGCUGAAGGUCCAGGUUCGGGAUCUGGAGGACUAUAUCGAUAAGCUGCUAGUGCGCAUCAUGGAGCAAACUCCCACCCUGCUGCAGGUACGCGCCCGGCCCAAGUGACACGUACGCUUCAGCGGACAUGACGCAUCCCUACGUAUCCUCAAUACAGUCACUUUACUGCCCUGUUCACCAAGACACAGCUUAACAUGCAUGAU